UUAAACACUCAAUUUUUGCUUCCUUGUUUUGAAGAAAAGAAACUCUUCCCAAGAUUUUAUGGAAAAGAAUUGGACAAACUGAAAGUGUAUGAUGCCUUAAAGAAAGACAUGCAUGUAGAAGUACGAACCAAAUGGGGAGAAUUGAAAUGUCAUUGCUCGCGAAUUCCUAUCCUACGCCUUAGCAAGACGGCCAGAAACCUGAACAAAGUCUUCUUAACCUGUGGAACACCCGCUUCAGCUGCAACCCGCUGCAAAUACUUUCAGUGGAUUCACACACCACUGUUUAUCGAUAAGAGACCCCUCCAGAAACUCAAGUAUGCUACGAACCUAGGUGAGUGGAAGCAACAAGCUGAAGCCAAUGUUGAAACGUGGAAACAACGCAAUGGGUGGCAAAAAGAUGCCCAAACUCGAACAGAAUGUAAAGACGUACAGCAACAGACAUGGUUGAACCAGUUUGCUGAAGCAGCCAAAAAGCAAGAAGAACAAAGAAAAGCUCAAACAAAGUAUCCUUGGAAGAGCACCCCUCUGCCAAGCACCUUUCAUUGGAGUCCAGAGAUUUCCAAGGAGCUCAAGAAACGUGAGCAAUGGAAUGAGGCUGUUAGUAUUGCCAAUCAUGAGUUUCAUGCUCGCAUCAAAAGGAGAAAGCAAGUUCCUGAGGAAGAUAGAAGUUUAGCAUCCUAUUUGCAGAAGCAAAAAUUGAAAGGUGUUAUGCUAUCACCUGCUGAUGAAAAGUAUUUAGAAGCUUGUCAAGCCAACAAACAUGAUGAGUGGAAACCUCCCCCAGGUGCAGAAAAGUAUGAGAAGAACGAA